AGGAUCCUCCUUCACACCUGCAGCAUGUACAAGAGGACGUCCCCCUGUCACGUGACUGUACAUACACAGUUGGCUGCUACACCAUCAGAGGAAAUGUUCUGUCUCGCCUGGAAACCAACGAGUGGCUGACAGAUGAAAUCAUGGACACAUACCUGCACCUCCUGGAAGGGGGAGUGGUGUUCCCGUGUAGGCUUCCACUGUCUGGUGCUGCCUACAGAGACAAUCCUACUGUGGGAGGCAGGACAGUACACAGACAGAAUAAGGGGGAAAGAUGAAAAUUUGACAAACUACACGUGGAUCUUAAUGCCAGUGAACAUGCCACGUAAUCAACAUUGGGUGCUACUGGUGGCUAAUGUCAAGGAUGGAACAGUGGGCGUGGUUAAUUCUAAACCCUCCUUAAUUGUGGAGGACAAGGUUGUACAACACUGGAGGCUCUUUGUAAAUCACUUGAAAUCUACGUCUAAGGAAAGGAGCAAGUCAUGGAUGAAGAAACAGUACCCAGUGAUAGAACAGUCUGAUGGACACAGCUGUGGGAUAUUCGUUCUGAUGGCUGCUGAUGCAAUUUUGGCGGAGAAGUCUCCAGGCAUCAUGAGGAACUGUCACGUUGAGAAAAACAGGCUGUAUGUGCUUCAGAGGAUACUACAGUAUGCCAAGGACAAGGGAGAUAUGCAAGGUGGAGGAAAUCACAUGAUGGCAGUUGGUGGACAGGGUAAUGUCACAAACGAAAUUCAAACUGUAACGCUGGAGACAAGAGAUGUACUGGAAAAUAGCUGUACAAUGACAACAGAACAAGGAGGUCCAACUAUUCAUGAAGAGGAUGGACAUGAAACACAUGAAGGACCCGACUGUGCUAUGGCCAGUGAUGAAAAUACAGAGGACUAUCCAUGUUUGGAUCAGCACCUGUUGCAUAAGCAGGAGAGGGCGUGCUUGUUAGUGGUUGCUUUGGCGGAGAAUAACCUGGAGGAGAGGAUGCUAUGGGCAGGGUCUGACACAGGGACUCGCGUCGAAAGAGAAACCUACAAAAAAUAUAUUGUUUGGGCAGUUAAGGCUUUUGACAUCAAUGAAGAAGAAUACACUGAAAAUAUGAUGAAACCUAUUUUAUCCCAAUUGGCGGGAUGCUGUCUCCAUCAUGAAGCAGGCUCAUAUAGAAUAAGAAAUCAUAAAGUAGCAAUAAAGCUAAGAGAAAUACUGCUACGUGAUGUUAGGCAGUUGGUUGAAAGGAUGGAUCUCGAGUUCAUAUAUCGUUAUGUGACAUUUAGAGAUGAUCCAACUGAAGAGGAACAACUAAAUGUGUCUUUCAACCUCGAAUUGAAACAUGAUGAUCUGCAUAUUGUAGCGAAGAGGUUUGCUACAGCUUUACACGGCAGAAAGUUUGCCUUUGUGUGCAUGCAUUCCCUAUUCCAGGUAGAGACAUUUGUUGAUAUGGUUUGGGAGAAAUUGUUGCAUAAUAUGAACAAGGACAGUUCUGUACUGUUGAAAGUAUUGUCAAAUAAUGACAUUGUACAUGGAUAUUCCUUUCUGUUUUGGGCGAGCAUCACAGACAACUCACAUUUGUUGAGGAGAGCAUUGUUCAGUGUUCAUUUGAAUGCAGAGAACAGAAAGGAAGCUUUGUUUGGAAGUUGCUUUGGGAAUAGUUUAGCCAACUUCGAUUACUUGUUUUCCAAUAAAAACUGGAAGUUGGAUAAGUUGUGGAUGACACUACCCAAACUCCCAAGACCUCUCAUCAUUAAACUGCAGUUGGCAGUUGCAGAUGAUCUGAGAGUAAAGUUUGGUAAAUGUUCACUUUUGGACAUUGCCUGUGUGGGUGGGUUGUCUGCAGUGGCUUCCAGAUUGUCACAUUUGAUGAAGACGAGCAAGAAGAAAAACAAGUCAAGAAAGAAUACAUAUGUACAUGUUGCAUCCUUGUGCCUAAAGGGCAAAGAUACCAUGGAUACAAUUACAAAAAUUGGAAAACUGAAUGUCAAUAUAAAAGGCCCUGAAGGAUCAACACCUUUACAUUACGCAUGUGCAGUUGGAAAUGUUAGCAUUGUAAGCUAUCUGUUACAGGAAGUAGUGGACAUUGGUGAGCAAAACAAGAAGGGUGAAACUGGGCUUCAUUUGGCAUGUAUAUAUGGAAAUGCAGAAGUUGUUACAAUGUUAUUACAGAACAAGGGAAUAAUUCAUGUGAAAGAUAAUGCUGGCCUCACACCUCUACAUCGUGCAGCCUGGCAGGGACAUCGGGUGGUUGUGGAGGUGUUAUUACAGAACAAGACCAAUGUGGAUGAGAAACGUAAUGAUGGCAGCACACCUCUACAUCAUGCAGCCUACCAGGGACAUCGGGAGAUUGUGGAGUUGUUAUUACAGAACAAGGCAAAUGUGGAUGAGAAAGAUAAGGAAGGCAGCACACCUCUACAUGAUGCAGCCUACCAGGGACAUAGGGAGGUUGUGGAGGUGUUAUUACAGAACAAGGCAAAUGUGGAUGAGAAAGAUAAGGAAGGCAGCACACCUCUACAUCUUGCAGCCUACCAGGGACAUCGAGAGGUUGUGGAGGUG